UUGUUGGGUUUAUUGGAUCCUCCUCCUCCUUCUCUGGCUCUGGUCGCCGGCCUCCUCUUACCACACAAAUCCUUCCCAAUUCCCCGCCGAUCUCUAUCCAAUCCGCGCCUCCGAGGACAUGCCGCCUCAGCCUUGGUGGUGGGAUGUAGAGAUUUUAGCUGCUGCUGCUGAUUGAUUGAUUGAUUGAUUGGGUGUGAAUGAUAAUCCGCAAUCCGAUGCGAUCUUGUUGCUCAAUCCAGCUUGUUCUGAUCUAGAAAUUCCAUACGAGUACGUAUAAUAAUGGAGCCGUCGGAUCUGAACACCCACUUGCCGCCGCGCAAGCGGCUGCUCGCCGGACUCAGGAUGGCCUCCACGCCCUGCGGCGAUGCUCUCCCGCCGCCGCCCGCCCUCCUUACCGGCGAUCUCGCCGCCCGCCUCCGCCAGAUGAUGGGCUCCGCCAACUCCUCCUCAUCCUCUCCUGAGGAGAUCGUUGAGGCCGCGAGGUCGGCUGCCUCGGCGGCCGCGGAGGCUGCCGCAGCUGCCCGUGCCACCGCCGCGGAGAAGGCGGCCGUGGCUGCCAAGGCUAGGGCUGCUGCUCGCGCUGCUAUGGAGUUUCUCGAUUCCAUUUCCAGGCCUGCCUCAUCGAGGAAUGGCCUCCAGCUGAAGGUCAAAUCAAGGAAGAAGCAUGUCCAGGUGAAGCUCUUGUAUAAGCCCAAUGGCCGUCUGCUGGAGGGUAGAGGACCAAGUAUUACUGGGGAUGCUUCUUCCAAGCCCCGCAGGCGAAGGGAGUCCGAUGAAGAGGUUGCUCGCAAACUGCACCGUGCCAUGAAUAGCUCGCCGCGCAUUUCCUUCACUGGACCAAAGAGGCCACGCACCAUCGGCGGCGAGAAUUGUGGUGCGGUUGAUUCUUGCAAUGGUUGUUCGGCUCAUCCGCCAAUCGAGCUCAGCGGGUUGACUAACGGAUGCUCUUUAGGGCAAUCUAGUGAGGUCCCUGCUCCAUUUUCCAAGCAUGGGGGUCUUGAUGAUCAUAAAGACUCUGCUGGUCAUGCUGCAAAGAGUAGGAUUAUUGCUGGUAAUGGAGUUGGAUCUGGAAACCUAAGCGCUGGUCGGAAAGUGAAGAUCAAGAGAAAAGAACUGCUUUUAAACCAACAUAAUAGUAAAGAUACAGAAGAGACCAAAGAAAUAGAACCGUCUAUAGAUUUUAUACAAUAUGAUGAAGCUAAGUCAAAUGGACCUGAAAAGAGAUUGAACCUUUUAGAUACAAAGGAUCCCCCCCGCGAUGGUUCAGGGCCGAUGAAGAUCUCAUCUGUAUGGAAGUUCAAAAAGUUUAAAACAUCACACUGCUCUUCUGAUAGUAAGGCGUUGCACAGCGUGUGCCCCUCUACUUCGGCAGCUGAGACCUCUGCUUCGGUGAAAGCUGAUUAGUGAGGUACCUUAGCUCAUAGUUGGCAGAUGCUUGUCUUAGCUAUGUUUGUUGUGAGAUUUUGUAUGUUGAAGCUACCAUUCAGACAAACAGGGAGGGCAGGUGACCUCUCCCGGUAGAUUCCCGCCUUCUAUUUGAUUUUUAUACAAAUGUGCGUGCUUUUAUGGUAUAUAAGUUACUGGGUAUUUCUACCAAAGUUGUUUCUGCUCCACUCUUCACAAUUAUGUUGGUAAGAAUUUAUGACAGUUAUAUUGUCCUGAAAUGUCGGGGUUUUGACACAACUGGCAAGAGUUGCUAUUAUUACUGGCAAGAGUUGCCUAAUUUGUUUAGUGGUUUGCUCUCGACCAAUAAGGACCCAAUGAAAUUGGUUGAUUCUGAACAGAACUGGAAUUAGGUUUUGUCAAAGGAAUUGCUCUUUGCUAUGGUCUUAGCUUGUGAGUGAUCUUAAUUGGUUCUAUUCAUCUUCCUUAUCAAAAACGCAACACUGAGAAGGCACUAGUGAAUGAUCUACCAGACAGUUUUUUCAUUGAUAGCAAUACUGGUUUCCAGAUCUUUAGCAAUGCAUGAGUAUAGGGUUUAUUGGCAAUCAAACAUAAAGGAGUAGUGACUUUGCAAACUGCCAAUUCUGUUCUUGAAACCUUGGCUCUUAGUUCUACUGCUGAUCCCUUGGGGGUGCGUGGUGCUUAUAUAUUGAGUUGUUGACAGCUUAGUGUAUCAGGUAGAACAUGAAAAUUUUAUCUGCAGAACCAUGUUAUGUGAUGAUAGCCUUCAGUUGUUCACUUGUGAA